AUGGCUCCCAAAGGCAAAGGGACAAUAUUUUCAUUGCUGACACGUCAAUACAGUUGGAAGAAAGAUCAAGAAGGUCCACACGACACGAUCCAUGAAUCCCUCAGUCUCAGUAUUCAACAAUCAGACGAACGGGACAAAAGGAUUGACGAGGAGAUCUCCAACUGGAAUUGCUGGCUCAGAUCUAACGAAACUGCCAGGUGUAGUGAUGAUGUUACACUCCGUCUCGAGCGCCAGAGGGGAGUGUUGAUACAUAUAUGGCAGGAAUUCCAGAGUCACUCCAGAGUCAAAGACGCAAGCGCUCCACAAUAUUCAAAUACUAUACCAACGAUUGAGGACUUGCAGGCAGCUGUCAGCGAGGCACAGAAGGAAUGGAACCAAAAGCAUGAAAAGGGGCUCGGUAAAGCCAAAAUUCGUCUGUUCGAUUUCCUAAGUCUCCAUGAAUGA